GUUGCUGCUCUGCGGAAAGAGCCUCCUAUGAAUUUAACUCGCCGGCUGUGACACACAGAUUUGACCCGACCCACAGAGGACGAUGUCUGCAACUGUGAAAAAUCCUUUUCAACACAUAGUUGAGCCUCUGGACCCCAACAACCCAGAUCAAAAGUUUUACAAUCUUUCCAAACUUGGAGAUCCCCGAUAUGACCGCCUGCCAUUCUCAAUCCGGGUCCUCCUGGAGUCUGCGGUCAGGAACUGUGAUGAGUUUCUGGUCAAGAGCGCGGAUGUGGAAAGCAUCCUCAACUGGAAGCAGACCCAGACUCAAGCCGUGGAGGUGCCCUUCAGACCGGCUCGCGUCAUCCUACAGGACUUCACUGGUGUCCCAGUCGUGGUGGACUUGGCCGCCAUGCGCGACGCGGUGAUGAAACUCGGCGGUGACCCGGAGAAGGUUAAUCCCGUUUGCCCCGCCGACCUCGUCAUCGAUCAUUCCAUCCAGGUGGACUUCAACAGGAAGUCUGACAGCGUUCACAAAAACCAGGACUUGGAGUUCGACCGCAACAAAGAACGAUUUCAGUUCUUAAAGUGGGGCUCCAAGGCCUUCAGGAACAUGCGCAUCAUCCCUCCUGGUUCAGGGAUAGUUCACCAGGUCAACCUGGAGUACCUGGCCAGAGUGGUGUUCAACCAGGACGGCUUCUUCUACCCAGACAGCCUGGUGGGCACCGACUCCCACACCACCAUGAUCGAUGGACUGGGAGUGCUGGGCUGGGGUGUGGGCGGGAUCGAGGCGGAGGCUGUGAUGCUGGGUCAGCCAAUCAGCAUGGUGCUGCCUGAGGUGGUGGGAUACAAGCUAUCCGGGACCCCACACAAGUUCAUCACCUCCACAGAUAUUGUCCUCACAGUGACUAAGCACCUCCGUGAGGUGGGUGUGGUGGGGAAGUUCGUGGAGUUCUUCGGCCCCAGCGUCGCUCAGCUGUCGAUCGCCGACAGAGCCACCAUCGCCAACAUGUGUCCGGAGUACGGCGCCACGGCGGCCUUCUUUCCCGUGGAUGACGUCAGCAUCCAGUACCUGCAGCAGACCGGGCGAGAUGCAGAGAAGCAGGCGUACAUCACAAAGUACCUGAAGGCGGUGGCCAUGUUCAGAGACUACAACAAUGUCUCCCAGGAUCCAGACUUCACUCAGGUGGUGGGUUUGGAUCUGACCACCGUGGUGCCGUGCUGCAGUGGCCCCAAAAGACCUCAGGACAGAAUCGCUGUGUCCGACAUGAAGACUGACUUCGAAGCCUGCCUGGCAGCAAAGCAAGGCUUCAAGGGCUUCCAGAUGGCUCCGGAGCGUCACAACGCCGCGGUCCCCUUCCAGUUCAACGGGAUAGAGUAUUCACUGAGCCACGGCUCCGUGGUCAUCGCCGCCAUCACCAGCUGCACCAACACCAGCAACCCGUCUGUCAUGCUGGGAGCAGGGCUCCUGGCAAAGAAAGCCAUCGAGUGUGGUCUGAGCGUGAAGCCGUACAUAAAGACCAGCCUGUCGCCGGGCAGUGGAGUGGUCACCUCCUACCUGAAGGAGAGCGGCGUGAUGGACUACCUCUCUCAGCUAGGCUUCGAGGUGGUGGGCUACGGCUGCAUGACCUGCAUAGGGAACAGUGGGCCGCUGCCAGAGCCGGUAGUGGAGGCCGUGACUCAGGGAGAUCUGGUUGCAGCAGGGAUCCUCUCAGGAAACAGGAACUUUGAAGGGCGAGUGCACCCCAACACCAGAGCCAACUACCUGGCCUCCCCUCCGCUCGUCAUCGCCUACGCCAUCGCCGGCACCGUGAGGAUCGACUUUGAGACCGAGCCUAUCGCCGUUAAUUCUGAAGGCAAAGAGAUCUUCCUGAGAGACAUCUGGCCCACACGGGAUGAGAUCCAGGCCGUGGAGAGGACGUUCGUCAUCCCAUCCAUGUUCAAAGAGGUCUACGAGAAGAUUGAGAAAGUCAAUGAACGCUGGAACGCUCUGGUUGCUCCCACUGACAAGCUGUACGCCUGGGACCCCAAGUCCACCUACAUCAAGUCCCCACCCUUCUUUGAUGGUUUGACCAUGGAGCUGCAGCCUCCCAAGUCCAUCCAUGACGCCUGCGUGCUGCUGAACCUGGGCGACUCGGUCACCACCGACCACAUCUCGCCUGCAGGGAACAUCGCCAGGAACAGCUCUGCAGCGCGCUACCUCACCAGCAGAGGCUUGAGCCCUCGGGACUACAACUCCUACGGCUCGCGGCGAGGUAAUGACGCCGUCAUGGCCAGAGGGACGUUUGCCAACAUCCGCCUCUUUAACAAGUUCAUGAACAAGCAGGCGCCACAGACCAUUCACCUGCUGACCGGAGAGACGCUGGACGUGUUUGAAGCUGCAGAGCGAUACCAGCAGUCCGGCGUCCCUCUGCUGAUUCUAGCAGGGAAAGAGUACGGCUCCGGCAGCUCCAGAGACUGGGCCGCCAAGGGCCCCUUCCUUCUGGGCAUCAAGGCCGUGGUGGCGGAAAGCUACGAGCGGAUCCACCGCAGUAACCUGGUGGGGAUGGGCGUGAUCCCUCUGGAGUACCUGGCAGGAGACACGGCCGACAGCCUGGGACUCACGGGCCGGGAGCGCUACACCAUCAUCAUGCCGGAGCAGCUCACGCCCAGGAUGGUGGUGGACGUGAAGCUGGACACGGGGAAAACCUUCCCGGUGAGGAUGAGGUUCGACACUGACGUGGAGUUGGCGUAUUUCCUCCACGGGGGAAUCCUCAACUACAUGGUCCGCAAGAUGGCCGAAAACUAGCACCAGUCACGUUCUGCUCGUCCAACAUGUGAGGUCAGGGGUCAGAAGAAGAGCUUCCAUACAAAUAAUCCAAUCAGUGAGCUGAUGAAGCCAGAAAACACAACAUUCAUAUGCUGCUACUUCUUUAAGUUGUUUAGACCUUUAGAAAUAUAUGAGAAGUGUGUGUGUGUAAUAUAUAUAUAUAUCAAGAUAUACAAAUUAAUGACGUUGAUUUCGAAAGUUGAACAAUGUUUUGUAGCUGCUCUAAGUGGAUGAAGGUUCUGUCAGAGAGAAAAGAGACGAGUCUCAUCUUCAUCGGUUCUGAAAGCUCCUCUCGUGGUACUGACCCAUAACAUCUGGUCCAGUGCGGCGGCACUAACAGGUGAAGAAUGGACAGCCAAUACAUCAGAAGGUGAUCAAUAAUCUCCCCACAGGAAGUGUCCCCAUUGUUUUGGUACGAAGGUUCUCCGUGAGUUGACUGUGCUGUUGCCAUAGCUACGGAGUGUCACUGGGAGAACGCAAGAGAGACGAUAACUCGGUUUAACGUCUUCUACGUGUCCCGUUAAGGCUCCCGCCAUUACGCCACUGACCAGCAAGUGUCACUAAUGAGCUACGAGGAGAGAAGAAGCUCUGCCACCUUUCUUGUGCCACAUUAAAUGUACCUAGAUGUAAUAUCUAGUGGCUACGUUACUUUAUUACAUCUUUAUAGCUCACAUGCAGAGCAACAUGUUUAAAUGGGGAUCUUUGAUUGGAGCACGAGCUACAUGAGAAGUCCUUAACCUCCCAACUUUCCCUUCAUCUUGUUCGUGUGCAACAGAAUUAUGCUGCCAAAUGUCUUCACAGUUAAAGGGGACAUAUUAUGAAAAUUCCACUUUUUUAGUGCUUCUAUACGUUAAUUUGGGUAUCUGGCAUGUCUCCCAACAUAAAAACGCUGGGGAAAAAACCCUCACGCGGUUUGUUGUGGUUCCUCUAUAUCAGAAACGAUCUGCUUGAGUGCGUCCAAAGGGAUCACCACCAACGUCUACGUAGAUUUUGAAGCACGCCCAUGUAGGGAGUCUGGCUACAUGGCCUUGGACCGCCCCCCACCACAACUUUGCAGGUAAAGUUUAUUUGAAAGUUGUGUUCAUAUUACAGACAUGAGUCAUCAAAUACAACGAUUUAAUAAGUAAACAACGCUAAUUAAUGGAGGUAAAACCGUUA